AUGGAGGCUGUGCCUUGCUUGCUAGGCAGCAGUAAUUACAUGCAGUGGGCCGUAGGACUGCGGCUUGCGUUGCAGGUAUUAGGCUUGUGGUACACGAUCGAUAGCAGCUGCGACUUCAACACAGCAUCUGACGACCCACACAGCGACGAGAAGCUGGCUCUGGCCGUAAUCCGCGGGAAACUCGGUAUUCGGAUAUUGGUAUACUCAUGGUUCGCCAAGUCUCCGCGAGCCAUCUGGGUGCAGAUGGGGAAAAUGUACGGUGACAUGGCCCCUACGGCGCAGCUGGGCCUCGCAUGUGCCCUGUCAGAGAUUCAACGGGUGCAAUAUGACAGCACGGCCGAGUUCAUCGACGCUUUUGCCACGCUGCUGAGAAGGAUGAAGGUCGCCGGGUUUGAGCCAAUGCCCUGGCUGCUUGUAGAGCGGCUCAUUGCAGCAACCCGGAUGGAUUUCCCGGAAUUGAGGGCGCGGAUCGAGUGCGCGAGAAUGGCACGAAAUGGACGCCUGCCCGGCUUUGAAGAGAUGGCGCUGAUGUUGCGAGGGCUAGAGUUUGCUAGGACGAACAGGGGAUGA